CUCUGACCAAACAUUCACUGCAGCUUUCACACGAACUCAAAAUAUACGGAUGUUGCCUCUUUUGGAUAAUGUGUUAAAUUGAAAUAAACAGAUGCGGCAGCGAAUUUAUUGAAUUAUUUAGUUUCGAACUGCGACAAAGGGCGUGCGCCUGGAUUAUUAAUGGACGAAUCGGGCAGAAGAUUGGACGCACUGCAACACGGGGUGCGCGGCAAUCUCCAGGCGACACAACUUGUGUAUUUGGAUGUAAUGAAGUUUCGAAGGUGAUUCCACUAUUUGUGUAAUUAAGUGUUAGUUGUCUCUACAAUUAUCAUUAACAUUUGUCGCAUGUUUGUGAAACUUUUGUGAAAUUCAACACCCUAUCUACUCGUGGGAAUAUUUUCCGAUGUUGGAAAAUGCGGGCUGUCCUCUGAAUGAAGCCACAUGUUUCUUAUUAACCGUCAAGUGCCGCAGUCUUGAAAGUUUCACCAAAACAUUAUUUUCAGAAAGUGGUUUUAAAUAAUUUGGAUAUGGCAGAAUUUAAUGAAGUAUUCGAGCCUCUAAAGAAAAGCACAAAUCAGAAGAAAUACAGCACCACCUCAAAUGACACGUCACAGAGGAUUAGGCGGAUCCAUGUCCGUGCGGCGCGGAGGAAGAAGGAUCGCUGCUUCCACUAUUUGGCGGGGGUCCUCCAUUGUUACAAUGUCUUUUUGUUGGUACUGGGAUCCGGAGUGGUUGGGUCGGGGAUAUGGCUACUGGUAAAGGAUUACAAUGCCCGGGAGCUGUCCGCCCUCUUCGACAUUUUUCAUCUUGAGUAUAUGGCCUACUUUCUGACCUGCGGGGGCGGGGCCGUGUUUAUCCUCGCCUUUUGUGGAUGUUGUGGCACAAUGAAGAAAGAGAAGUUUGUUCUUGGAUUUUAUGGCGGAGUGCUGACGUUGGUACUGGCAUUGUUGGUUGGUGGGAGUGUAAUGGGAUUUAUUCUAAAAGGAAAACUUGAUGAAGACAUUAAAUUGCACUUCCAGUAUACACUGGAGAGACAGUAUGGUGUUGAUCUAAACAAAAAUUCAGGAAAUAAUCUUAUAACGGAUGCCUGGGACGCCAUGCAGAGAACGCUCAAAUGCUGCGGUGCGUACGGUGACAAAGAUUCACAAACGUCCUGGGCAUUUUACAGAAACACAGAUUGGUACAUAAAGCGACCGACCCAUAUAAUGUAUCCGUUUGUGCCCAAGAGCUGCUGUGUCCCGGGGAUGAAUGUGUUUGACUGUCAGGGCAUCAGGAAUGAAUUUAACGGUUACCCCGUAAGGGCCCCGCCACCAGCCAGGGGCACAGUGGAGAAUCCUAGCUUAUAUAAGGAGGGCUGCUACGACAAGGCAUUGGAGUACAUCAAACAACACUCCUUGUACAUUACAAUAGGAUGUGCUACUGUGCCAUUGCUUUUGUUGGUGGGGAUCGUUGUUUCAUGUUACAUGUGCUGCAUUGUAAAAAAUGAUGACGAUGACGAAGAGGAAGAUGAGGAAAACGAGGCACAUGUUUGAUGACAUUAUUAUUUAUUAAUCAUUCCGUCCGGGGUUAUGACCUCUCAUCCAGUCUUCCAAGGUCAAGGACAAAGUGCCUAAUUGAUACUGCAUUCAAUGUGACAGAAUUGGUAAAGAAUACAAUCCUUGUUUUGACAGUAUGGACAUGAACUAUAAAGAAUUUAUCUGAUGAUUGGACUAAUCCUUA